UUUUAUUUUCAGAAAAGUAACUUUAGCAAUGACGUUAUUAACAAAAUCAGUUUUACCAGCUGUUAUAGGAGUUUAUUACGCUUACCUAAGAAAUCAAAAAACAGUCGUUGAAAAUCUCAAACGACACGUUUUCCCAACGAUAGUCGCCUUUCUUGCAAAUAGUAUCUCAAGAUCUUUAUCAUCCGUUCAUCGAGGCAUCACGUAUCCAUUAAGUUUAUCUUCGAAAUCGAUCGAAACAUCACAUUCAUCCUCAACGUUAUUGGAGGAUUCCUCAGAAUCGAUCCCGGAAAAAUCCGUCGAAUGCUUAGUGUUAACGGAACCGGAAGUACACACCGCGGAUGUUAUUUUUAUCCAUGGUCUUCAUGGUUCUUUGGUGAAUACGUGGAGACAAGGCGAUUGGAGACACGAAAGGCACCAUUUAAAACAAAAAAUCGUCGAAAGACGGAUGUCGACCGGCGAAAUUAGGGAUGAUCGGAUUCGAAAGAUUUCUCUAAAAAGAUCUUGUUCGGACGUUUAUUCGGUUUGUCCGAAAAAAAUGUCUAAAUUAUCCGAGGGAAGAUGUUUCGAAACUUUCGGUGAUUCCGAUUUUGUCGAGGAUAAUAAAAAGUUAUCGAAAUGUUGGCCUAGGGAUUGGUUACCAAUUGAUUGCCCCGGAGUUAGAGCGAUCGCUUUGAAUUAUACGACGGAUCCGCAUCUUUGGAGACCAAUUUGGAUUAAAAAAAGAAAUAGAACAUCCAUGACUGAAAGAAGCAAAGAAAUGAUUGGACAUCUUUUAGAUUUAGGAGUUGGUAAUAAACCGAUUAUUUGGGUUGGUCAUUCUAAAGGAGGAUUAUUCAUCAAACAAAUCUUAAUCGAUUCAUGGGAAAACAUAGAAUUGAGUAAAAUCUACCAACAAACCAAAUCAAUACUAUUCUACAGCGUUCCUCAUAAAGGAUCAUAUCUUGCCGAUUGUACGUUACCUUUAUUAAAAAGAAGCGUGGAAUUAACGGAGAUUCAAAGAAAUUGCCCGUUUGUUUUAAAUUUGCACACAAGGUUCCUAGAAUUUUUACAAGAAACAAAUUUAAACCCAGAAAUAUUUAGUUUUAUUGAAACUUCGUUCACAUUCAUGUCGUUCCUUUAUUUAAAAAUCGUUGCCUUUGAGUCUUGCGAUCCGGGAAUAGGAUUAAUCUGCGGCGUCCCUUUGGAUCAUCGCGAAAUUUGCAAGCCAGCCGCAAGGGACUGUUUUCUUUACCAAGAAUUGGUGCGUUUAAUAAAAAGUUCUGAACUUUUGAUAAGAAGCUAGAACUACAUUUCAUUUUAUUUGAGUUAGUAAAAACAGUAUUUUUAAAUCUCUUUUUCUCGCUGCCAUAUUUCAUAUAUUCAUACGUUGUACAACCAAAGAUUUAUCAAUAAAUAUUAAUCGGUU